ACUAAAACCAAGUUAGUCGAAGGUUCUCCGAUGUCUGACAAUGACAACAGCAUCACCUAUGAAUUACAAUAUACUCGCUGGUUGCUAUCAGUUCUCGGCAUCUGGCCGCUGAUUUCCACCAACGUAACAAGAUUAGGAAAGUUAUCUUCAUUACUUCUGAUGGCCCUGAGUAUAUUCGCAAUUAGUUUUGUUCUGAUUCCCCUCAUCAUAUACACACUGACGAGCGUAAAGACCCUGCGAGGAAAAUUUACGUUCAUCGGACCCGUCUGUUUUCGAAUAUCAAAUCUCCUGAAGCUCCUGACAAUGGCGCACCGCGCUGAUCUCAUAAAAAACUGCAUCGAACAGAUGGGGAAUGAUUGGUUGGAGGUGAUUAUUCAAGAGGAUCGAGAGGUGAUGCUGAAAAAUGUGAACGUGGGGAGAAGCUUGACUGUUAUCUGCGCUGGAUUCAUGUUCAGCAGUGGAACGUUCUUUCAUGUUGCCAUGCCACUGCUGAGACCGAGAAAGCUCAACGCCUUCAAUAUCACAAUCAGACCCCAUCUCUAUCCAGGAUAUGAUAUCUUCGUGGACUCACAAGCGACUCCUGCUUAUGAGAUCAUAUUUGCAGCUCAUUGCUUCUCUGCUGCUGGAGGCUACACUAUCGUCACCGCUGCGUGCAAUCUUGCUGCUGUCUUUGUCUCCCAUGUCUCAGGACAAGUGGAAGUUAUCGGAUUGAAGCUGCAGAGGCUGCAUGCUCCUGGGGAUGGUCAGAAGAUCGACACUCUUGGUGAGCAAAUAGCGUCCAUCGUACAGGGUCACGUUAAAAUACUGAAAUUCUCUGGAAGCAUCAAGACAGUUCUACGGGAAAUUUGUCUUGUUGAAGUCGUACUCUCGACUCUCGUCAUAUGUUGGCUCGAGUUUUAUUGUCUAACGGAAUGGCACAACAGCGAAACGAUAUCUAUCAUCACAUAUUUUUUACUGCUCAUGUCACUGACAUUUAACAUUUUUAUAUAUUGUUAUAUCGGACAAAUACUGAAGGAUAAGUGUGAAUCUGUGGGCCUGAUGGCAUACCUCGUCGAUUGGCAUCGAAUACCGACGAAAUAUAUUUUAUCUCUCGCUUUCAUCAUCUCCAUGACGCGAUAUCCCAGGACAAUAAGUGCAGGAGGACUGAUGGAAUUGACUAUUCAGAGUUUUGGUGAUGUAAUGAAAACGUCGCUAGCUUACCUCAACAUGAUGCGAACACUCACAAUGUAAAUUGCCGAAGAAUUGGAAUAAUUAUUUCAAUCUGAAAGAUAAAUCUAUUAACGACGAAAAUUCAU